GUGCAGCGCCAGCAGCUUUCGAGGCUGAGCUCCACAACAAGCCGCUGAGCCCGUCGCUCCUCGGACUGCGGCUCUUCUCUUUUCCCUCUCUUUUCCUCUUCCUGGAGGUGGAGGUGGAGGCUGGAGGCUGGAGGGGGGCGACUCCUGCUCCUCUCCCCCCGCGGGCCCCGUGUGAGUGGGUGUGUCGAUGCGGGCCAGUGGAGCCGAGUCGCUGCUCGCGCGCUGCGCCCUGACGAAGAGGAGGAGGAGGAGGAGGAGGAGGAAAGUUGAUCCGAUGAGUUCAGUGUGAGCAGCGGCGGCCCGGGGAAUGGCGGUGUGGACCAGGGCGGACAAGAACGGGCAGCUGGACCUGCUGCUCCGCGACCGCUGGAUCCGCGUGGCGGCCGAGCUCACCCGGGAGACGCUCACCCUGACGGCCGAGGCGGAGGCGGCCGCGCCGGGGGCGGGCAGCCGCCACUGGGACUCUCCUCCCGCGGGCCUGCGCAACGGCUUGUCGAACGGAAACGAGCCGGGCACGAGCCCGGGGGCGACCUGUGGAGCGCGCGGUCCGGACCAGCACCACAACCACAACCAGGGCCACGGGGGCGGCCGCGGGGUCGCCAGCCGGGGUCCCCCCGACGGGAGCUACGGCGCCGGCAACCCGGGGGGGAAGCACCCGAAUAACGGCACGAACUCUGACUUCGGGAGUCCCGGCUCCAGCUACGGCAGCCCGGGCUCCAGCUUCGGCUCGCGGCAGGGCGACGGGCCGGGCCCCGCGGCCCCGGACGCAGGCGGCUCCUCGGAGGCGGUGCGCAAAGUGCGCGUCGUCAAGCAGGAGUCCGGCGGCCUGGGCAUCAGCAUCAAGGGGGGCCGCGAGAACCGGAUGCCCAUCCUCAUCUCCAAGAUCUUCCCGGGACUCGCCGCCGACCAGAGCCGCGCGCUGCGCGUCGGCGACGCGAUCCUGUCGGUGAACGGCAGCGACCUGCGCGAGGCGACGCACGACCUGGCGGUGCAGGCGCUGAAGAAGGCGGGAAGGGAGGUGACGCUGGAGGUGAAGUACAUCCGCGAGGUGUCGCCGCUCUUCAAGAAGCCGUCGCUGGUGGCCGACCUGCCGUGGGACGGCGUCCGGCCGCAGUCGCCCAGCUACAGCGGCAGCGACGACUCGGGCUCGCCCAAACACGGCGGCUCGUCCUCGUCCUCGUCCCGGGACCGGAAGGUCAUCAGCCUGAGGAUGUGCUUCAUCAGCCGGAACCUCACCAUGCCCGAUCUGGAGAACAGGCUGCUGGAGCUCCACUCCCCCGACGGGCAGCACACGGUGGUUCUGCGCUGUAAGGACGGGCCGUCGGCCAACUCCUGGUUCACCGCCGUCCACACCAACAUCGCCGCGCUGCUGCCACAGACGCUGGCCCACGUCAACGCCUACCUGGGGGCCUCGUCCUCCACCUCCACGCACCCCCACCUCAAACACAUCGGCUGGUUGGCGGAGCAGGUGCAGCUGGAAGGCGGACGGCAGCAGUACCGGCCCGUCGUCAUGGCGCUGACGGAGAAGGACAUCCUGCUGUUCGAGUCGGUGCCGUGGAACCGAGAGUCCUGGUCCGUCCCUCUGCUCACACACCCGCUGUUGGCAACCAGACUGGUCCACUCGGGCAGCGCGCGGGCGUCUCCCGCCCAGGGCUCGGACCUGGUGUUCGCCACGCGGACGGGCACGGGCCGGGGCAUCGAGUCGCACGUCUUCCGAGUGGAGACCCACUGGGACCUGUCCUCGUGGACGCGGGCGCUCGUGCAGGGGGCGCACGCCGCCGCCGAGCUCAUCAAAGAAGUGUCUAUAGGCUGCACGUUGAACCGGCAGGACGUCCGGCUGACGCUUCACUACGAGAAGGGCUUCACCGUGAGCAGGGAGGCGGUCGACCCGUCCGGCGGCGCCGUGAUGUUCCGGUACCCCUACGAGAAGCUCAAGAUGUCCGCCGACGACGGCAUACGCAACCUGUACCUGGACUUUGCGGGUCCUGAGGGAGAAAUGGUGUUCGACCUCCACUCUGGUCCGAAGCCCGUGGUGUUCGUCCUCCACUCCUUCCUGUCGGCCAAGCUCACGCGGAUGGGCCUGCUGACGUGAGGCCGCUGACCGCGGCGGUGGGGGGCGUGGUCGGAGAGGACGGGCCCAAGCGGGGAGGGGAGGGGGAGGCAGGGAGGAAGGGGAGGGGGUAACUUUUUAUUUUUUAUUUUCUCCAGUUCCUUCACUCACAGCUGAAGUUUGGCCUGAGGCGACACCGCAGGGAAAACUGAACCCAGGAGUCGUGUUGUUGUCGACCGUCUCGAGAACUGUGCCGUCUCCUCCGGCUUCUCCUUGACCUCCUGCGAGGGGAGGCAGCACUUUGCUUGAAGUUGGUCACAACAACACGCAAAGCCACAGAAUCAACUUCAUCUCAUAAGAUCACACGUGAUAAAGUUUUAGAGUCCGACUGAUAUUCGGGGGCAGAUACAGAUAUUAAAAUGUAAAAUUGGAAAUGAUUCUAAGAUGCCGUUAUGAAGACGGCUUUGUAUUUUACAGUUUAAUCAUAAAUAAAUAUGAAUAUAUAAAAAUAAAACACAUACAAACAAAUAUAUACAACUUGAAUUAAUAGAAUAAACCUAUAUUUUUCUUUUUACAUGAAAAUUCUUACAUAAAUGCACAAAAUAUUUUUUUUAUUCUGUAAAAUUUAAGUUUCUAUAACGCAAACGAUUUAUCUGUAAAUGUCUGACAUUUUUUAUCGACCAACCGAUGAAUCCGUCGGACUCUGACUACAAAGUUCAGAUGCUGUGAUGUAAGAGAUGACAUCACCAGUUCACUUAAAGCAAAAUAUUAAAGGAGACAUAUUCUGCUUUUUUA